AAUCAGGCUUAUUACAGAAGCACCCGUCAAAACCAAUAGCAACAAACAUGGUUGCUUUGCCGACCCAAAACUGUUUCUCAUUGCCCAACUCUCUUUCUUCUUACGCUCCUUUGACGCCUCUUCACUUCAGCAACAUCAGGAUCUCCAAUCGCCGCCAUGUCAAAUUGCAUUCUCUGGCGGUGGUCAUUUCCUGUCACUCCGACACCGAGGCUUCGUCUCCUCAGGUUUUGUCUCGACUCGCUGCCUCUGCAGUUCUCUUUAUUGGCAUUGGCUUUGCUUUUGGGGCCCGUGCCUGCUCUACUUCUUCAGUUCAAUUUCCCUCACUUCCUCCUUUGGAGUCUUCGGCACUGCGAGAAGAAGAAUCAGCUCAAGAUAAUCAAGAGCUGAAAAUAGUUGAUAGUGUGGAAAAUUUAGAUGAUAAAAAGUUGGAAGAAGCAUUCAAAACUUGGAAAUCCAAAACGUAUGCUUUGACUGUACCUUUGAAAAUUUCUGCUCUACGUGGCUCUGUACCUCCUUCAUGGAUUAAGGAGUUUAUGCAAGCCCAAGGAAAGAGAUUAAAAUUUCAAUUGAAGUAUCACGGAAAUCUUGAGGGCAUCUUUUCUAAUCUAGCAACAGUCUUUGACAAUGGUAAUGUUGGGUCGUCAUCUGUUGUGGCAGCUGAUAUGGUUAGUGUUGGUGACUCAUGGCUCAGUUAUGCUAUUAAGAAGUCUCUACUUGAGCCCCUAGAAGGGGUAGAAGAUCAAGACUGGUUUAAAGGGCUAAGCACCCAAUGGAAAGUAUAUCUACGCAGGAACCAUGAUGGGUGUAUUGAUCCUGAUGGUAAAAUAUGGGCUGCUCCGUAUCGGUGGGGUUGCAUGGUGAUAGCCUACAAGAAGAGUAAAUUUCAAAAGCAGAAUCUGGCUCCAAUAGAGGACUGGGCAGAUUUAUGGCGGCCUGAACUUCAAGGAAGGAUAGCAAUGGUUAAUUCUCCAAGAGAGGUUGUUGGUGCAGUUCUGAAGUAUAUGGGAGCUUCAUAUAACAUAAACAACAUCAAUUUGGAUGUUGAUGGUGGCACAGAUGCUGUCCAGCAAAAUCUAGCAUUUCUUGCAAAUCAGGUUCGGUUAUUCGAUAAUACACACUACCUAAAAGCAUUUGGAGUUGGAGAUGUUUGGGUGGCUGUUGGGUGGAGCAGUGAUGUCAUUCCAUUUGCAAAGCGGAUGUCUAAUGUUGCAGUAGUUGUUCCCAAGUCUGGAUCUAGUCUCUGGGCAGAUCUUUGGGCCAUCCCUGCUGCAUCUAGGCUCGAAACAAAUCGAAUUGGGGGAAGGAUUCGAGGGCCAUCUCCUCUCAUACAUCAGUGGAUAGAAUUUUGCUUGCAAGCUAGCAGAGCGAUUCCAUUUAAGCAAGAAGUAAUCCCCGGCGCAUCUCCAUCAGCGCUCGAAAGUACUUGUCUUGAAGUGCCUAAAGAGCUUAAAAAUGGUAAGCCAAAACUUGACACCAACCUUAUUGCCGGAGUACCACCGCCUAAUAUCUUGGCCAGAUGUGAGUUUUUGGAACCGUUAAGUGAGUCUUCUUUGGCAGAGUACCAACGGUUGAUUACUAACAUUAAGAAAUCUGACCAUGGCCUGAUCAAGAAAAUGAGUCUACGUUUUUUGUCACUUAUUUAAACAUGUCAGAUGAAGCUGAAUUUGAAGACAAGAUAACCAUUAUCUUAAUUUUUAUCAUGGGGUUAAUUGUAUUAUGGCCUAAUUAAAUUUGUCUAAGAAGCAAAAUAUUCAUUAUUGUCGUCAUCUAUAGUCGCAAUCAAAGAACACCAGAUAAAUAUAAACAGUUCAGUUGCCUUCUAAUAAAUUUGUAUAGCUUGCAAUCA